AUGCGCGUGCAAUCUCCGGGGGAGAGCAUGGAGGAUUUUAUUACAGACUUGUGCAAGUUAGCAGAUUCGUGCGAGUACGAGAAUUUCCGUGAACAAUUAAUUCGCGACCGGAUCGUAGUGGGCGUGGCCGAUCGACGCCUCUCAGAGAGAUUGCAGCUUCUCGAUGGUUUGGACUACAAAAGAGCCGUGGAAGUAGCUAGAAGCUAUGAGACGGUACAAAAACAGAACCAAUUGUUACGAUCGGAUGUUGCGGGAACCGGAACGGCGGUAAACCGUGUGCAAAACAAAACCAAAGCUCGUAAAGGAAGGAAUUAUUCCACGCCAUGGAAGUGCUACGGCUGCGGAAGUGAGAAGAAGCAUGCAAAAGAGGAAUGCCCCGCGCGUAGUUCGAAAUGCAAUAAAUGUGCUAAAGAAGGCCAUUGGGCGAAAGUGUGCAAAUCCGGAACGGCAGAUGGCAGGUCUGAGAAGAAUAAACCCAAGACUGCCAUACAGCAAGUAGAAGAUGACUCUAGUACAGACCCGUUCUUUGUGGCGACGGUGAGCCAAUCGCAGGUUCCAUCGGACGAGCCGUGGCGAGCUAAAGUGACGGUAGAUGGCGUUACAAUUUGUUUUCAACUGGACCCCGGUACCGAUGUGACUCUAAUUACCGACAUAUUAAACUUCGUAAAGACGCGAAUAAUACAUGGUGGCAGCGGUGGGGCGAAACUCGAAGAAAUGUUGCAGAUGGGUGUCAUUGAGAAAGUAGAUGAGCCAACUGACUGGUGCAGCGGUAUUGUUCUAGUGAAAAAACAAAAUACAGAUGACAUUCGUUUUUGUGUGGACUUAACCAAACUGAAUCAGGCGGUGGAACGUGAGAAUCAUCCGAUGCCUACCGUGGAACAUACGUUGGGCCAGCUGAAUGGGGUCAAAUAUAUUACGAAACUUGACUGUGUGUCAGGAUUUUGGCAGGUGCCGUUAAGUGAGGAUUCCAAGAAGCUAACUACGUUUAUUACCCCAUUCGGGAGAUUUUGUUUUUGCAGACUUCCUUUCGGAAUUUCGUCCGCUCCGGAGUGCUUUCAAAAGCGAGCUUCACAAAUUCUGGAGGGCCUAGAGGGAGUCGCUAACCUCAUAGACGAUAUAAUAGUGUGGGGGAAAACCAUACAAGAGCAUGACGCUAGGCUUCGCGCGGUAUUGCAGCGGUUGGAAGAAAACAACAUUACCUUGAACGCUAAUAAGUGUCAAUUUUGUGUACAGGAGACGACGUUUCUUGGACAUCGCAUUUCAGCGGAUGGUAUUAGUCCAGAUCCUUCUAAGGUACAGGCCAUCGCCGAGUUGACUGCGCCGAACGACGUUACGGGCGUUAGAUCUUUCCUAGGAAUGGUGAACUACCUGGGAAAAUUUGUACCGCGAUUGUCCGAGACUCUUACUCCAAUUUAUAAUCUAUUGAGAAAUAAUGAAGAAUUCGUGUGGUCAGCAGAAUGUGAAAAGGCGUUCAGAUCAGUAUUGAGGGUGUUGAGCAGUUCCCCCUGUUUGGCAAUUUUCGAUCCAAAUCGACGGACCGUCGUUUCAGCGGAUGCUUCAUCCUUCGGACUUGGAGCAGUACUUCGUCAGGAAGACGAGACAGGAGAACUACGUCCUGUUGCUUACGCGUCAAGAACAUUGACCGACACCGAGAAGCGGUAUGCUCAGAUCGAAAAAGAAAUCUUAGCUCUUACUUGGGCAUGUGAAAGAUUUCACGAUUUCAUCUACGGGAAAUUCUUCUAUUUGGAGACGGAUCACCGGCCACUAGUACCACUACUGAUGACGAAAAACCUUGACGAAUUGUCGCCUCGUCUGCAGAGAAUGCGUAUGCGGUUGAUGCACUAUGACUUUGAGUGUUUCUUUACAGCCGGUAAAGAUAUUCUUGCAGCGGAUUACCUAUCUCGCUCUCCAUUGAAGAUGUCGGGUAACCUCGAUCUCCAGGAAGGAAUUUCUACACAUGUCCAGUUCGUGUUUGAGCAAUCUCCAGUAUCCGAUACGAUACUUUCAAGACUUUUGAAUUUGCAAGCGGAGGAUCCCGUGUGUCGUGAACUAGUAAAAUACAUUCAAAAUGGAUGGCCAUGUAAAGACCGGAUCAGCGCUUCAGUGAAAUCCUUCUACGAAUUUCGCAACAAUCUCACCUUGGCCCGAGGGUUUAUCAUGUUUGGCAACCGAUUCUACAUUCCCACAGGACUUCGUCGGGAAACCUUAGAAGCUAUCCAUAAUGCUCAUCAAGGCAUUGAAAAAUGCCGGGCCCGCGCUAGAUACAGCGUUUGGUGGCCGAAAUUAUCUGCGGAGCUUCAACAAUUAGUGGACAGCUGCGCGGUGUGCGUGCAAAACAGACCCGCACGAUCGGAACCGUUGAAGCCAUCUAAUUUUCCGGAUCGACCAUGGCAAAUUAUUGCCAUGGAUUUAUUCAAACACAGUACCAGUUGGUAUCUAGUAGUUGCAGACUUUUAUUCCCGGUACCCGGAAGUGUACCAACUACCAGAUUUACGGUCAAUAACCAUCAUUGUUCGUUUGAAGGAAAUAUUUGCACGCCAUGGAAUCCCGGAUUUGAUCAGAUCCGACAAUGGAACACAAUUCGACCCACUACGCACAACAGAGUUCCGGGCCUUCAAGAAAACAUAUGGAUUUGAGCACGAAACAUCGUCCCCUCAUUUCCCUCAAAGCAACGGGUUCAUAGAAGCAAUGGUGAAAACCGUAAAAAGCGGCUUGGAAAAGUCCAAGGAUUUUAACGUUUGGUUAUUAGAAUACCGUACAACUCCUUUAAAGUGCGGUUUUUCUCCCAGUGAAUUAGCCAUGGGGCGGCGAAUUAAGUCUUUUCUCCCUGUUAUACCAUCCCUACUGAUGCCAAAAACAAUCAACCGGGACACACUGCUGUCUAAGGAAAAGGAGAGAAUGGAUCGCCAGAAGAAGGAUUUUGAUCGUCGUCACCACAAGAGCGAGCGCGAUGAUUUAGAAGUUGGCGAUCGUGUCUGGAUUCGCGAUUUACGCCGUUGGGGCGUUAUACAAGAACGCGCGGUCCAACCAAGAUCCUAUAUCAUACAAUCAGAUACAGGAACAUAUCGGCGAAACAGAAGCCAUUUACAUCGUCUGGAGGCACCUUUGGGAUAUUUUGAUACGCCGGAGGAUACGCCUAGGAGGGAGGAGUGGCUUACCCCACCACAAUCUCCGGGAAAACUCAGAACACCGAAGGAGCCGCCUUCAUCAGUUGUAAGACAAGAGUUACUCGCAUUACCUGCUCCAAUGGAGGAUGCUAUUGACCCAGUUCCUCAAUUACCUGAAAAGAAGACGUACCCUGUACGCGACCGAAAGAAG